AGCUAUUGGGCAGAACCACGUGUUGUGUAUUGUAAAGGGUCGUCAGAAGUUAUAGAUUCUGCUACAAGAUAAGAAGAAAGAUGGGAUUUGGUGAUCUGAAAACUGAUGGUGGGCUGCAGGGCCUCAAUGACUUCCUAGCAGACAAGAGCUAUGUUGAUGGGUGGGUGCCAUCCCAGGCUGACGUGGCAGUGUUUGAGGCUAUGGGGAAUGCUCCCGGUGGCAAGUUUAUCAAUGCUCUCCGAUGGUUCAACCAAAUCAACUCGUACUCCAGUGACGAGAGAUUGACUUGGCCUGGCGUGAUGAAGCCCGUGGGAGAGUAUGGACCAUCUGGAAGUGGCGCCAGCAAGCCAGGUGCCAAAGACGAUGACGAUGAUUUUGACCUGUUUGGAUCUGAUGAAUCUGAGGAUGAAGCUGAAGCCGAGCGGGUGAAGCAGCAAAGGUUGUCAGAGUAUGCCGAGAAGAAGUCCAAGAAGAAGGUGAUUAUUGCCAAGUCCAACAUUAUCCUGGAUGUCAAACCUUGGGAUGACGAAACUGACAUGGGAGUCAUUGAAGCCAAGGUGAGAACCAUUGAAGCUGACGGACUGCUGUGGGGAGCCUCCAAACUUGUGCCUCUCGCCUACGGAAUCAAGAAGUUGCAAAUUUCUUGUGUUGUCGAAGACGACAAGAUUGGUACUGACUUCCUUGAAGAGAGUAUCACAGCGUUCGAGGACGUCGUUCAAUCCGUCGACAUUGCUGCCUUCAAUAAAGUAUAGAGACAAUUUAGGGCCACACUUGUGACCGUAAACUAUUAUGUUCUUGAAUAAUUAUUAUGAAAAAAUGAUACUUGCCUUCUUUGGGGUAUUAUAAUUAUAAUGCCUGACUAUUGA